AGCUGUUCUUUGUCUAGAUUUUUGCCAUGGAAUACAGAUCUUCAGCAACAAUUUCAAUGCUAGGCUAAUACCUCCAAAUUACUACAGAGAAGAAAAUUAUACCCAGUUCUUGGAACAAUCCUUCUCUACCAUUCAGAUUCGUUGUUUCUGUUACGUGCUAAUUUUAUAAGGCGCAAGUGUCAGCUAUCGUAUCACUGGAAGUGACAUCACUGCAGAUUGUGAGCUUGAGAAGUUAACAUGAGUGAGGAUCUGAACAGGUUUUUGGUUGACCAUAAAGAGAAGAUAACUUCUGCUGUAGAAGUACUCCAGCAAGGAUGUGAACUUCUAUCCAGUGUAGUGGGGGACAUUUUUCCAAUUGUUGGUAUGGUAGCUCCAUUUGUAAGCCUAGCGCUGGAAUGUGUGGAAAGUGAAGAAACAAAGUAUGUGAAAACACAGCUUCAAACAGUGCAACAAAGUCUGAAUGCAUUUGUGGGACAUCUUGAAGACAUUAAUAAUGAGAUCACAAAAAGUUUAAUGGACAUCAAAUAUUUUAAAGUAGAGCGUAAUAUCAAAUUCCUUUUUGGAAAACUAAUGGAUAUUGCAAAUGCUAAAUCUGUUUCAGUAAGACAAAAAGACAAGUUUGUCUCAGCUUACGAGUACCAGCCAACUGAGUAUGAUCUUGACAAACUCUUUGAUGCAGUGACACAAAAGGAAUCCAUUCUGCAAACCAUAAUGGAUUACAACAAGAAACACCGUCGAGCUCUGGAAACAUUUUUUACAGGGAUUCUACAGCUCUUCUACUAUGGAAUAAUUGUCUCUGUGGCUUACAAGGCAAUACAAGGAGAACAGUACACAAGCUUUCAAGAGGAAUGGCGCAUAAAGAUUGCUGAGGUACAAGACAAAAUGGCUUUACUGAUUAAUGAAUGCAUAAAUGGGUUUCAGCAGCAAGCAAAAGAAGACAUUGAGCACAUUAUUACAAAAGAAAAUGAUGACAAACAAGAUCUUAUGAAAGACAUAUUUGAAUUCCUCAAGGAAAAGUAUGACUGGAUACAUUGGUCUGUAUAUUCAUACAAAGCCAGUGAGCACACCAACAGCCGCUUGUUUUCUUUAUUCUACAAGGAAAGUGAUUAUCACUAUGUAUUAGGAAACAAUGUUUUUCAGUUUUCUGAGGGUGAUCUCACAUCAAUUGUAAUUUCAUACAGCAGUGAAGAAAAAACUAUUGACAAAGAAAAUGUACAGCAAUUGAUGGAAAACUACAAAAAGGGCAAGGGGGCAAAAGCCAUAGUAGAAUAUUUUUACAGCAAGAUGCCAGGUCAUGUAAUACAUGCUGUUAAACAAAGCAAGGGUUCACACAUUUUUUCAACAUUUUCUGAAGAAUGUUGCUACCUUGGGGAGUGGCAACAGCUAAGUUUGUGUAUACAUUCCGAAUAAUUCUGCUAAUAUGUUCUACUGCACUUUUGGACAUUGCAUUUUAUGUACACGACUUCAUUGAUUUUAUCGCAUAACACUGGUAACUUGUACAGUAUGUUAAUACUGACUUGUUUUAUAGUUAGAACAGAGUUAUAAAAAGAGAUUUAGAAAUAUUUAGUAAUUUUCAAUUUGUUUACAUAUCUAUAAAUACAUAUAUCAACAAAUUGAACAAAGCAAGAGUUCGGUUAACUAGCUAUGACAAAUAACCUAUUAUACAAUUCCUCCCUAUUAAUAUUCUAAAAUGUGCAUGCUGAUUGGCCAGCCCAACCAGCGUGCCUAUUGUAAAUCCCACA